AUGGCCCUGAAAACCACGCGAUUUAGCCAAACACUUGUCGACGAAGAAAAAUGCCCGGGACACGAUCUAGAAGACCACUAUCUAGCAAAGCCCGGUGAAAUCCUCGCGGACAGAUAUCAGUUCUUGGGCAAGAUAUGUUGGGGAACGAGUUCAACGGUGAUCUCCAUUCUGGAAUCGUUUCACAAAUCUGAGGAUUCCAUUCCCGAUCUCAUUAAGCUGUCAAGGGAUCCUUAA